AAUAAAAAAAUAAUGAAAAUAUAGAUUAUUAUGGAAGCGUGCAUUAAUUGAAAAUUUUAAUUAAUAUUAAGCAGAAUAAUAAUAAAAGCAAAACUAACAACAACAUUAAGCCAGCAGCAACAGCAGUAUGUGUGGGUGUGUGUGUGCUGCUGCUGCUGCAUAAAAGCAUAUUGUGCAAUAAUAAUAAUAUUCAUUGCUGCCAUAAAGCAGUUGGAAAUGAAAUAAUAACGGUAAAAAAUUGUAAUUAAUUGCAGUUUUUUUUGGUGUGCGUGUGUACGAUUUUACAGGCGAAUUAUUACACAAAAUAAUAUAAAAAUAACUAAUAAUUAAUAUAUAGUAAUUAAUAGGCGUUGAGCUGCUCACACAACAACUUACAUGCUUACAACAACAAUAUAAUAUUAAAUUAUGAAAUUCAAAAUCUAACCAAAUCUAAACUAACUCUCGCAACAGUUGUACGCGUGCGCCUUGUAAUUGAAUGUGAAGGAAUCUAACGAACUUAACGCACUGUGGACUGUGUUUGGUCUCGAAGCGGCAGCGGAAGUAGUAGACUUUUAGCUAAACUUUAGUAUACGGCGCGUUGUGGGGCGCUUUGCCGCAGGGUAUAUAUAGAGCAAUGGAGUGUGUCUAAUUUUUAAACUUUUUAUUGUACAUUUUAAGCCUAGACUAACGUAAUUUUACUCGAAAUAAACGACCGUCCUCUUUACAUUACAAACAAGUAAAUUGAAAAAAAUACAAAUAAUUAUAAUUAUAAUAUAAGCAAAAAAAAAAAAAAUUAAAACUAAAACUAUCAAAUGUUGCAAGCAAAGGCCGCAGCCAAGUAUUUCAACUAACUUUUAAAAUAGCUAUAUAUAUAUAUAUAAAUGUAUGUGUAUUUUUAAAGUAAAUGAAUCAGAAAAACCAUAAAAAUACCAUAAAAAAUAAACAAAUCAAUCAAAAAACAACAGAGUGCGUGGAAACCAAAAUUAAAAGAUAAAAAAAAAUAAAUAAAUAAAAAACAGACUGAAUGCCAGAAGACCAAAAGUAAAUAGUACAGCAGCGCAAAAGAAAAACGAAAAAUCGAAAAACAAAAAAUAAUUCAAACAACACUUACAAAAAAGACAUAAACUACCGAAAAAGCCAAUAAAAUUAUUAAACAACAGCAGCAAGUGACAAAUGAACGAGCGUUUAAUUGCCGCAAAGUGUUGAAAUGCAAUGCGGCAACACAUAGCAGAGCAGAGUAGAGCCGAGUCAUUAGUGGCCAAACAAAAAAGAAGCACAUUAUAUUAUAAACAAUGUUGAAACAAUUGUAUAGUAACAAAAGUGUGUAUAGCAGCUACAAAAACAACAACAACAAUAAUAAUAAUAUAGACACAAAACAACUGUAAGGAUAUAAAACAAAAAAAAAGCAAAACGAGAAAACCAAAACAAAACUAAACAACGCCACGGAUAUAGGCAGACAGUCAUAUAGACAAGCAGUCAGUCAGUCAGUAAGGCAGGCGGUCAGACGGUCAAGUAGGCGGAGCGGCAGAUAUAUUUCAAACCAAAGAAGGCACUCAAUUGGUUGGCUGAGAGAAGAUACGCUGAACGUACCUAAUUAAAACGCACAGGCCCUGAAAGACAAACAAGCACACAAGCAACAACAAAGGAAAGAAAUAAAGAAGAAGAAGAAGAAGACACAGAGUAAACAACAGCUUAAUUAAGACAACAGCGAAGCAGAGGCGACAAAGCGCACUAGGCCCACCCACACUUCAUACAGAAGUCAGAAUCCUGCUCCACUGUAGAAAGGCGCGUGGCAGCCAAAGGGGUUCAACAGUGGCUGUGAUACAAACUGUUGUGAGAGCUGUCAGCUGCAGCAGGGUCCGCGUACAGCUAUAAUUAGUAACAAUUAACAACAACAACAACAACAAGGCAGGCUGUGUGUGGCAAGCAAUUAAAACAUUGGCCAAGUUGAAGUGAAGGAGCAGCGAAAAUAAUUACAAAAAUAAUAACAAUAACAAAUAAUAAAUAAAUAAUAAAAGCGCAAGGCAGACUGCCGGCCAGCAAGCGGUGGAGAGAUGUAGCCAAGUGGUAGUGAAGCGGAAGCAGCUGAGCAUUAAAUAAAUAUUAAAACAUCGAUUAAUACGAAAUUGUAUUAACAGCGAAGAGGCGCAAAUAAAAUCACAUAAACACACACACACACACACAAACAAAGGAAUACACACGAGAGCAGAGCAGAGCAACGUCAGCAUUGACGUCAGCGGCAGGCAGCAGCAGCAGCGUUCUGCCAAUAGCGUUCAAUAGAUGCUGCAGACGCUGCUCGUGUAGGCGUUAGCGCAGCAGAGCGCAGUGUAGCGGUAGAGUGGCGGUGACAGUGACAGCCGUCGCGCCGUUCGCUGCAGCAGCAGCCAAUGCAUCAGAAAUCGAAGAUUUUUGAUUUUGUUCCUCUCCACCAUCACCACAACCACAACCAAUACCACCACCAAAACCACCAAUACAACCAUUACAACCACAAAUACCACCAACAAAAUAAUUAUAACAACCAUCGCCACCACCAACACCAUUCACCACGAUGGCUACCAUAAAUUCGGUACAGAAGAGUAUACAUUUGCCAUUAACGAGCUUGUCGUCGCCGCGUGUUUUGAUGUGCAGCGCCUCUGUCGGCACCGAGGGUUCCGUUACGCUACAAUUGAGAGACUCGUCCGAUUCCAAUCAGUCGCCGACGCAAACGUCUUUGGAAAAUGCCUUGACCAUCGGCUAUCCCGAUCCGGAGAUGCUGGCCGACGUAUUCGGUUCACUGCAGACAGCCUCAUUCAAAAAUCACAGCAGUGCGCUGGUGUCUACAACGCCGACAACAACAAUAACAAAUCAUAAUAAUAAUCCGAUUAGCAGCAAUAGUAGCAGCAGCUGCAACAACAAUAAGACCACAAAAUCCACGAACCACACGAGCACGAGCAGUGCGUCGAACACCUCCACUUCCACCUGCACCUCCGCACCUGCCAACAAAGUCACCAUCAGUCGCAGUCGCAAUCAGAGCGCUGCGGCAACAGCAACAACAGCUGCGCACACAGCAGCAGCAACAACAACGACGGCGCAUACGUCGGGCAAGUCAUCAGCCGUGCAAACGGUGUCCACCGCAACAAACACCACCAACAAGACGACCAGCAGCUACGUCAAGAAUUGCCUGAUACGCAGCAGCAGUUGCAGCAACACCAACAACGUCACGUCGCUGGCACAGAUAAUGAGCAACAGCAGCACGAGCAGUCACAGCUCAUCGUCGCUAUUGAACCAUAGCAACACGAACAGCAACAGCAAUUGCAGCAGCAAUAGCAAUUUCAGUUCGUCGAGCAGCAGCAACGACAGCAUCGUCAGUGUCAACAGCAACAACAGUGGUGGCGGUGGCGGUGUGCUGAAGAGCGGCGGCAGCAGCAAAGGUGCCACAGCGGGGGGUGCGACGGGUGCGACGCUAAAGAAGAACCGUACGAAAUUAUCUUCACCAACGCGUCAUGGACCACAGCAGUGUCAGAUCUGUAGUAAAAUCUUUGGAAAUGCGUCAGCGCUGGCAAAGCACAAACUGACGCACAGCGACGAGCGGAAAUACGUUUGUGCGAUGUGCUCGAAGGCAUUUAAGCGACAAGAUCACUUAAAUGGCCACAUGAUGACACAUCGCAACAAGAAACCGUACGAAUGCAAAGCUGAGGGUUGCGGCAAAUCAUACUGUGAUGCACGUUCGCUGCGACGUCACACCGAGAACCAUCAUUCGGGCAUAAUAACACCACAAAAUCAAACACUCUCACCAACCUCGAGCACACCGAACGGACUAAGUCUUUCACCGGCCACAGCAAGCGGGGAUGCCAGUUCACCGGAUGGUGCCACAUGCAUACGUACAUACAUCUCUACAGGUGGCAGUAUUGUGGAUGCGGCCACCGGAGUUGCGCUAACCGAAGAGCAAAUAAAAGCCAUCAAUUUGCCCAUUAAGACUGGUGUCACUCUGCUUUCACCCACGUCAACGUCUUCAGCGUCAUCUGUGAGUGGCGUCUCCUUGCCCGCCUCUUCACCUACAAUUUCGCUAGCCGAGACGAGUCUCGUGGACGCCGGCGAAGGUUUGACGCGCGAGCAAUUGGACUUGAUCAGCAAGAUUAUGCAACAGACGAAGCAGACCAGCGCACAGGUGACGGUCUCCUCGCCGACCAGCGUCAAUUCGUACAAAGUGGACACAAAUCCAUCUUCGUCGGCGCUUGGCGCGACGAGCUCACAUCAUGCGGUGAGCGGUUCGUCAAGUCGACCGCGUACAUGGAAUAUGCAACUGUUAAACACCCAAAAUGUGUCCAUCGCCGUCGAUGAGUCCAAUUCCGAUGCGACGUCCAGCACCGCAACAUCACCCAUCGAAGUCAAAGAGGAGGAAGUAAACCAACAAUUUGUGGCAGCCAUUAAUCCGCAUCUGCUGAAUAUUGUCAAGAUGGAUCAGAAACAAGUUGAAUGCAAUUUGUGUCAUCGCAAGUUCAAGAAUAUACCAGCACUUAACGGACAUAUGCGACUACAUGGUGGUUAUUUCAAAAAAGAUCCAGAGACUAAAAAGACGGAAAAGAAAGAGCCCAGCGGUCCGCCGCUGCAGACAGCCAGUAUUGGCGUGCGUGCGCUGAUUGAAGAGAAGAUCAUCAGCAAACGCAAAGAUAUGAACAAGGGUGCCUUCGUAGUUCCUGCACCACCCAGUAGCGUAUCCAGCACUUCCACAAUCCGACGAUCGAUUAGCGAUCUAGAAAGUUUCCUUAGUCCCAAAUCACACAGCCAUAAUGGCAAUAUCGGCGGCGGUAAUGGUAACACGUCUAGUCAGAAUUCGCCCACCGCCACCACAACGACUAUGCUACCUGCCGCAACAACAAUCAAAAACUUUACUGGUGGCACAUUGGGUUUGCACCAAAUCGGCAUGUCCCAAGGUAUCGAAAUCUUCAGCACGAAGCAACAGAAGACAGUUGGUAAUGUGGGCCAUAGUUUGGGUAUGGGCCUGAGUGCGGCUCUCCAAGCGAACAAUGCAACGAUGAAUCCGUCAACGAUGAAAUCUGCAGCAACGACAAAUACAACGACUACAAAGGGAACUUCGACCGAUCCGAAAGAUUCUACACUCAUUGAGUUAUUGAAGCGCGGCACGCGUAUCGCCGUCACUGCCAAGAAGCCACUGAACAGUACAAACCCACUAGCAAAUAUGGGCGCAAGUAGCAGUAAUAACGGCAAUGGCGGUUCGCGUCAAAUAAUCACGAAUAACAACCGCACUGUGAUUAUACCGUCCGACGUGCAGGUUCUACCCACCCGUAUGGCCAAAUCGAGCGCUAACGCCUUGCGUUCAUCCACCCCCGCCAGCCUAGCGCUGACCGAUACGACGCCACUAUCACUCACCAUAUCGCAGAGCGGCGACGGUAGUAUGGGUGGUGAUUUGUAUACGGUCACAUACAGCAGUGACACGUCUGGAUUUUUCGAUGAUGCCGAGGUCUAUAAUGUCGCUGAUACGGAUAUGUUGCUGCAGACGGUGGAUUCAAUGCAGUUACUCAACGAAGACUCGCAACAAAUAAAAAGCGAACAUUCCGAACAAUUUGGCACUGUGACUGGCGUGGGAAUCACGGACGGUGAUCAAACUGACAAUAGCGCCAAUUGCAUUCAAGCCGAAUACUUGAAGUUAGAGGCCGACGGUAGUGUCAAUGCUAUGCCCACCACUUUACCCACUUUCCAACAAUUUCAUUCCAAAGAGUUAAUUAUGCAGAAUAGUGCCCAGAUACAGGCUGUGACUAGCAUGCGUGCCAACGCGCAUCAACUGGGCGUAUUAUCCUCACCCAUAAAUUCGCCGCUUGCAUAUCCAACGCCACCCUCCAGUCAUGAAAAUAUGGCGCAAUCGUCGCCUUUCGUGGAUGAUGGUCACCAGUAUUCCGAAGUGACAAACACUUUCUUCAACGAGAAGUGCAGCGCAGAUUUUCUCACGCAGUCCGCAACCGAAGUGACUUUCUUCAAAAGCAACGACAAUCAGCAAGAGCUCACCGACACCGAGAAGAUUUUGAAGUUGAAGACCGUGUUGGAGGAGAGCGCCUUCGAUGGUUCCAUUAAGGUGGAAGAUUUACUGAAUGGUACACAGGAUGAUGACACGGAAUGUGAUCUGCGCGACUUUGCCGAAAGUAAUCUGGCAUUCUUGGAUGAGGAUCAGGAGUUUCUGAAUGAUUCACGAAAUGCAACGUCGCCUUUGCCCGAAUCAUUUUUCACCGGCAGCAUUGGUACGGCCGAAGAAGUGAAAGAGGUUUUGCGCGAUGUGCUACCUGACGAAAACAUCAAUCUAAAUUGCGAAGAGCAAUCAGAUGAGAAUAUCAUUGACUUGUAUUAUUUGCCGGGAUUGGGUUUGCAAUCGCAAAUGAUGCCCAAUUCGGACGACCCGCUCUUAUCAUCAUCGCCUAGAGAUUUUGGUCAGCAGCGUGGGCAAAUUAUCCAAACGACCCAGCAGAUGCAAGUCCAGCAGCAGCAGCAGCAACAACAAAAUCAAUCAAUAACACAAUCACAGCAGUUGCAGCAGUCUACACAGCAAUUGCUGUACGCCCAACAAAUAGAACAUCAAAUGCAGCAACAACAACAGCAGCAACAGACGUCUACCGCCGGUGACUAUGUUGGCAAUCAGUUAGCAAUGGCAAUGCAACAAACAGCCGGCGAGGGCAAUGAGACACCUGCGACGCUACAGUACAAUCUACAAAACCUACCGCAAGUACAAAACCAGCAACAAUACAUUGACGUGAAUACACCGAUUCAGCAUGUGUCCAGCCUUGAUGGUGGUAUACUGCACCAGCAGCUAGUCUUCACCGGUUCGACCGAUAAGCAGGAGAUACAUAUAACGGAACAACAGGGGGAUAUGGGAAUGCUGUCCGCCGGUAGCAGCAUUAAUACGGACACCAACAUCUAUUUCGCCAGCAACUCUAGUAAUUCCAAUAACUCAAUGUCCACUUUGCAACAGCUCGGCAGUCAGUCGAGCGCUUGCAAUCUGCCCAUCUCCUCCUCAUCGGCAUGUCAACCACCAGCGGCUGCCACUGUGAUUGCCACGCUGCAACCGCUCUCCAAUCAAACAAAUUCCAUACUUAAGCGUCGUCUGCGGCCGCACAAUUCCAGUGACUCCAGCAAUUCACAAAGCUUCGCCAAAUAUCAUCCGCUCUCACCGUAUCGUUCUAAAUUGCGCAAACCUUCGCGUACGCAUUACACACCUGCGCCCAUUCUGAAUCCCGACCGUAAGGGUGUCGGACUGUACUGCAGUGUACGUAAGCAACUCAACACGGGUCUGCUGGGUUUCGACAGUUUCGAUGAUGAUUUCGACGAUCCAGUCGGUUUGGUCGAUUUCUCAGACGAGUCAAAGGUGAAUCUCGGCUCGGCGUAUCAAGCACAACUGCCGCCGUGUCGAGAACGCAUUCACAGUGCGGGUAGCGAUGCCGCAACAGAUGGUGAAUUGUGCAAAACCAACUCUUGUUUCGACGUUGAGGAGCCGGUAGGUGCUGAGCAAUUGUGGGACCCCACCGUACAAACAGACGAGAAGAUUUUGAUGCGCUACAUUGACCUGAGCAAAUCAUCGGCUGUGCCUUUGGGCAGCCACACCGAAGAAGUGGCGUUGCACACACUACUCAAAGCACAAGGAAAUAUGGCUGCGGCAGUGCUAACACUGCUGCAGACACAGUCGAAUGCAUUCCAGAUGAAAUGGUCUGCCACCGAAUUGGAGGUAUUCCUCAAAGGCCUGGAACGACAUGGCAAAGAUUUUGGACGCAUUUCGUUGGAGUUGGGUUCGAAGACAACGGGCGAAUGUGUGCACAUGUACUACUUUUGGAAGAAACUUUGCGUUGACUAUAAAGUCUCACAUCUUAAAACGGAAACGCCACCACCUCCACCGGUGAACGAUCCGAAGCCGUAUGUCUGCGAAGUGCCGGAUUGCUCUGCGAGCUUUACUUCAAAAGCUGCGCUGCAUGGCCACACACGCAUACAUACCUACGGUAGAAAUGCUAAUAGCCAUCAUAACAACAAUAACAAUAAUAAUCACAACAAUAACGCUACAAGCAACACUACUAAUCCGAACGGUGCCACAAUGGGCGGCUCAGCAAGCGUCGUCCAGCAGUCUCAUAACAGCGCUGCGUUACAGACACAAUCACAAGCGGGUGUCGUUGGCACCAGUGCCACCGGUACAUUACUCAAAGACGCCAGUCAAAGUGGCGUGCCCGGUGCUGCGGGCAUCGUCAAUAAGGACACCGACUUUCCCUGCAAGGUGUGCGGCAAAGUUUUUAAUAAGGUGAAGAGUAGAAGUGCGCAUAUGAAGACGCAUCGCGUGCAGGAGCAACAGCAGCAGCAGCAACAACAGCAACAGCAGCUGCAACAACAACAACUACAAUUAUCCGCUGAGUCAACCACCAGCAGUGGCAAUGCAAUUGCGUCUGCGAAAAGCCAACAGCAGAGCGCAAAUCAAAGUCAAAGUAACCACCACCAACAACAACAGCAACAACAAACGUCGAUUGAGCAAAAAUCCUGAAUUUAGACUAACCUAAAAUCCCGUAGCGACUACCCAUGAACCUUGAAGACACACCAGCCCUACAACCCAAGUACCCAAUCAAAUGGUCACCAAGUGACCAAAUGCCAAAUUGCAACGUGAAUCCCGUGAAUCGCCGUACGUAGUAUACCAAACUCACUACCGAAGUGCUAAAAUGCAAACAUGCAAUGUAAACACAAAAACAAAAGCAAACAAAAACAAAAAGUGAGCACAAGAAAACUGUAAAUGCAAAUGACAAGUGAGAGCAACCAUUUGAAAAUUUUGAAAUUUGAAACUGACAAUCGCAGAGUUAUUGUACUAACGUAACGUAAUCUUAAAGUUAAUUACAAUUACAAUUUAAUUAAAUACUUAAUCAUAUUAAAAAAAAAAUCAUUAUCAAACACAAAAACAAAAACUAGAAACAGUCUGCUAAAAUAAAUGUGUAUUAAACAUUGUGAAUAUAUAUAUAUAAUAUACAUACAUACAUACAAAGACAUUUUGUAUGCAACGCAAUGUAUGUAACUGUAUUUAGAAGAAUACUCUUUUAUUAGAACAAAAAAAGAUAACUUUAGAAAGAAGAAGCAGGAGCAGUUGAGUGAUUACGCUACAAAUGCGAAAUAUGCUUCUUCAAAAGUCGCGUCUUGUAUUGUUCUGGUAACUUGUAGUUGUGUUGUUCUUGUAAGGCAAUUACACCUGAAUGUAUGUAGUUCGUAAUUGAAUUUGUUUUACUUUCGAAAAGUGUGAAGAUUUUAUUCUAGAUUUACAACUUAAUUAAUGUCUAUAAUUAAGUGAUUAAAAGUAGUAUAGAUGUGAAGUUAUUAGCCAUAAGCCAUGAGCAAAAUGAUUAAUGUUGUUGAAAUGUUUAAAAAUGAAGCAAAGAAACAUUUAGGAAAUUCGAAACAGUUUGAAAGCCACUGGCAUUUUAUGAUAGUGGCUGUCAAGGGUGUCGCGUAAACGCUGAAACGAUGGCAAUUGAAAGCAUUUCCUAACAAAGCAAAACCAAACCGCCGAUGAAAAUAAAAUUAGCAGUAAAUUACACACAAAAAAAAUAAUUAUAAAUGCAAUUUGUAAUUUGAUUAACUCACAGACACACAUACAUUUAGCAACAAAUAUGUACAACUAUGCCUUCUUUCUAAAGAUUAUUAACUAAUAAUUUCAUCUGUAAUACUAAAUACUCGCUAGAAGUGUUUUUGCGUAGUGUACUACAACAACAACAAGUUGACUUGGAAGAAUUGUUUUUUAAAAGGGCAAAAUGGGGAAAGUGCUAUUAUCCUUUGAGUCGGAAGUUGAUUUAAAAAAAUAUUUCUUCUAAAUUCUAUUAAAUUAAUUCGAAUCUUUUUUGAUGUUGAAGUAUGUAAUUUAAAUAGAAUUAGUAAAGUUCUCUAAAAUUUGUUAGGUUAUAAAGUCAUUAAAGCUCUUCGUUUACAAAAUCUCAGUUUUUCGAGCAUUCAAGUUGAAAUAUUAAAAUAUAUAUUUAAAAAAUACAAUAUAUUUACAUGAAAUCACAGUAAAGCUUUCACAGCUUUUAUUUAAAAAAUGUAUUUUGAUUUUAAAAUUUUUAAAGCCUUCACAGAUUUCACUAAAAAAUAUUUAUUUUGAACAAAAAUGUUAAAGCUUUCACAACUUUUAAUUAAAAAAAAUAUUUAUUGUUGAAGCACUUCGGUUUAAAAAUCUGAGUUUAUUAUUAAUGAAAGUAAAGAGUAAAAAAAUAAAAAAAGAUUGAUUGAGAUAGACUCUGAAAAAUAUUAUCUGUAUAUUUAUAUGGAUUUGCUGUUUUCUUUUAUAAAACUAUAUGACAUAAAACGCAGUGCAAAGUUCAACUUAAAAGCUCUACGCAAAAUCAUCUUUCGAAUCAAAGUAAGCUUUCAUAGUUUUUCAAUUAAAAAAACUUUAUUUGAGCUUAAUAUUUUUAAAGCUUAAAGUUUCCACAGUUUUAAAUUAUACACAAUUUAUGUUUGAAGCUUUCCAUUAAAAAAAAAAAAUCGUUUUUUGAAUCAAAGUAAAAAUAUUAAAAUAAAAUUAUUUGAUUUACCUAAAUUGUUGGCACUGGAAGAACAGUAUAUUUAUAUAAAUUUGUUGUUUAUUUUUCUAUUUCGAAAAAAAAAAAACAGUACAAAGGUCAAGUUAAAAGCGCUACGCAAAAGCAUAUUUCGAAUCAAAGUAAAGCUUUCACAGCUUUCAUUUAAAAAACGUUUGCUUUGAACUUAAUAUUUUGAAAGCUUAGAACUUUUACAGCUUUCAUGUUAAGAAUCUUUAUUCUCCCGUUCUCAAGUCUUACAGCAUUUUUUAUUUUGAUUUUAAAAUUUUUAAAGCUUAAAACUUCCACAGCUUUCAAAUAAAAAAUCUUUAAUUUUUUUUUUAAUUUUUUUUUUUUUUAUUUAAAAAACACAAAAUUUUCGAUAUUCUGCUAAUCAAUUUUCAAACACAGACAUAAAACUAUAAACUUUGCCACAACUAACUAAGUACUUCCAUUACACUUUCAAGCUGAUUACUUUUCAAACAGCGAUCAAUACUUGUGUAAAACCUAAAAUAAUUAGUGUAUAAAAACGCAUUAAAAAAGUGACGUUUAUGCGUUAAAAAAUAUUUAAACCAAAUAUUAUAUGAAAUAUUAAAAAAUUAAAAAAAAGGUGCAAUGAGAUAAAUCGUUAAAUUAAAAUUAUGAUACAUAUACAUACAUAAAUACAUACUUACAUAUAUGAUUGUUGUUAUAGUUGUUUAGAUUAUAAAUUGAAAAAUAUGCAUAUUACAUACAUACAUACAUAGUACAUAUAUAAAUAAUAUAUGAUUUAUACACUUGUCUUUCGCGCUCCAACAAAAACAAAAACAAAACAAAACCUUGAUGCAUUGAAAACACUAGUUAUAUACAUGCAUAUGUUUGUCUGUACGCUAGUUUAAAACUAUACAUACUCACAAGCAUACGUAGGUAUUAGGUACUAAAAUUUAUUACUUACUAAGCUAAUGUUUGAAUUACAAUACCAAAUAUAUUAAUAAUUAUAAUAAUAUUGCAUAAAACAUAAAUUUAUGAAAAUCAAGUGAUAAUGAGUGAGAUUAAACACGAUUUUAACCCGCACCCCACCCUUUUAGUUACCGACUAUUUGUAAAUAACGCUCGUGCACACUAUGCCAUGCUGUUGUAUGCUAUGUAUACGAGUUCUCCCCGUCCCCUGUGUGUGUUUAGUAUACGAAACGUACAUAUGUAUGCAUUUUGCGUAUGAAAAAUAGGAAACCAAAAUGUUAUUUCUAUUAAGUAAUAUGUUCGCAGUUAAACAUACAUACAUACAUAAUUACCAUAUAUAAAUUAGUAGCAUAAAUGUAGUUGAAUUUGUUAGAUUAACACAGAAGAUUUGGCGCAAAUGACGGUUGAGUGUGUACAUGGUGUGUUCAAAAAUUAACGGGAAUCGUGCAAAAUAUCGCAUGGUGACUAUUUUAAAGGUGACAACAUUAAAUAAAUUAAAAAAUAUUUUUUUUUUUUCAAAAAAAAAAAUCCCGUUAUUUUUUGAACACACCUUAUAUGUUCCAACCAACGUCAGUGCUGAUAAAAAUACCUACAAUGCAGCACAAGCAUAUGGAAAUAAAUAUAAUUGAAUUCAAAAUGCAUAAGAAUAUUAUAUUAGUUGUACAUACACACAUACAUAUAUAGUUUUCUUUUUUCCAAUAAGACAUAAAAGACACUAAUUCUAACGAAUUAACUGAAUUAAAUUUACGAUUACCUUAAACUACCUUAAAUACUAUACAGCUCUGUAUGCUCAAACAAAUUGUUUUUUUUUAUUUUUUUUAAACUAACUCAAAUCAAUAAUUAUUAUAUACAAUGAAUGAAAUGACAAUGAGGCACAGUUACUACUUACAAAUGCUAAAUACUUAAUUAUAUACGUAAAACUCUACUACCUACAAGCAAACAAACACACAUAAAUACAAACAGAAAACACAUGCAUUCAGCUGUGUAGUUAUGUAAAGUAAGAAAUAAACAAUUUGAUUUGCGUAAAUUUGUAUAAAUGCUUGCGCAAAUUUUUAUAAGGGUUUGCGCUAAUUAUAUAAAGGUUUGCACAAAUAUUUGGUUCAAUACAAUAAAUUACAGAUAUUCACACAUUCAGCUGUGUGAACUACAGAAUUGGGUUUGCGCUAACUAUAUAAGUUUUGCGCAAACUGUUUGCACAAACAUUUAGUUCAAAUUCAAAUUAAUAAGCAAAAAAAUAAAAAUCAAAUUUUGUUGUUGUCUGUGUUUUUUGCUGUAUUCGUACACUAAACAUAUUUUGAGCGUUUUAUACAUACAUACAUAUAUACGAAACGACAAAUGUAUAAAAAAUCAAGUAAAAUAAUAAAGAGUGAGCACAAUUUACUGUAUAUCUGCCAAAAUAAGAAAAAAAUUUAAUUAAAAAUUAAAUUACAGCUAACUAUUGCUGCACACCACUGUGCUAAGACAAGUCAUUUAAACAUUAAACAGAAAUCUACUAAAACAAAAAAUCAAGAAAAGCAAGAAUUAAAAUUUAAAACAAUUUUAAAAGACAUAAGCAUUGUCAAUAACAAUGAAAAUAAUUAAUAAAAAAUAGUAUAUAAUAAAAUAAAUAUCUAAAAAAAAAUAUAAAAAAUAAAUAUUUUAAAAAUAUUAAAUAUUUAAAAUUUAAAUAUUUAAAAUUAAAUUAAAUAUUUAAAAUUUACACUUACAUACAUACACACACACAUAAGUCUCUUUAAGUAGUAAAAGUCUCUAAUUAAAAUGCGAUUAUCCGUAUGUGUAGCAGAGAAAGCAUAAGUAAUUAAUUUACUUAACGCAUAAUUAGUAUUAUCUAAUUACUACUAAGUUUACUACUUCUCAUCUGAAUACAAAAUGAAAACUAUUAGCAAUUUAUAUGGUUGUAUUGUAGACAUACAUAUAUAUAUUUAUUAUUCUAUUAUUAAUUAUAUAUACACAUAUUUAAAACACUCUACUCUACGCUACUCUAAACUACGAAAAACAAACAAAACAAAAUAAAUGAGAAAAAAAGCUAUAGUAGAAACUCUAUAUUAUUAGCAAGAAAUUGUGCGACUCCGACUUGCCUACACUUAACUCUACAUACAAUACAAUACAUACAUAAUAUAGAAGACAACAACAGAAAGGCUACUUACUUUAUAAGUAUAUAGCGUUUACAUAACAUGUUAUUAAUAAUAAUAUUAAAUAUAAUAUUGAAUUUUAAUUUAUUUUUAAGUUUUUAUUGAAUAAUGAAUUUUUCGAAAUUUCAAUUUAUGAUUUUUUCAGAAUUUUUUUUUGAUAAAAUUAAUGAAUAUUUAUAAAAUCAAAGCAAAAAAUUGAAAUUUCAUGUUAAUUGUAACAUUUCCAUUUCAAUUUCCACACUCUCUUUGUUAUUUCAUUAAUUUUUUUCGCACUCUCCUACAAAUCCAAUUUCUUUAUUUUCUUUAGUUACUCAUACGCCGUGGCAUUUUCUUUUAUAUGUGAACUAUACAGCACACAAAGCUAAUUGAUUAAAAUAACCAAAGUUGAUAUAUACAUAUAUAAAUUAGCAAUUAAGUAACACACACACACACACACACACAUGCACAUGUGCGCAAAAGCGAGAAACUGUAAAAACCAAAACAAAAAAUACAAAAAUAAUAUGUGCCAAAAACUUUCUUCUUUCUAAAGGCCUUCAAGUGUAGUAUGUUAAGUAUUAAUUAGUGGAAGAAAAUAAGAAAACGUUGUAAAGUGAGCUAAAGUUAAAAUCUACU